AUCAACUCGAACUGCGAGCUCGCUGCGGAAUAAUCGGCUCUACCGCAGCCUAAACCAUAACUAUCUCAGCUUGCUGAACCGCCCACAGACCCGAAGGUCGUGAAUAUGCCAGCGACCCAGAGGUAGAUUUGCUGAUAUUUUCACUGCCUUGAGCAAUCGUCAACGGGUAGCUAAAGGGGGGCUUAACGUUAUCAUUUUGAUGGCCACACUACUCCCUCGAAUGGAGGAAAAGAGCUUCAUGUUAACGAACGUGUUUGAACCGUCAUUAACUCGAAAUGUAGCCGCCCAAACGUGUAGGAAAGGUAGCGCUCAAUCAUCCCUGUCCAUGCCGUGCUUACUUUUCCCAUUUAUGUUGUAAAUUUCAUUAAUUCCAAAUAUAGUUUAAUUUUGGUUGUGAUUUUAGUUUUAGGUAGAAACAAUCGAUUAGUGUAACGUCUCAGUUUUAUAAGUAUCUUCAAGUAUUACUUCCGGCAAUGCAAGGGCGAAGGAAUAUGCACGGUGCUAUAACUGAACUGCGUGCAGUAUUUGCACUGGCUUAAUGCGUUACGCUGGUUUUUUACAGAUGCAAGGCUUCGAUUCUGUCGCUCGAGAAAAAUCAGUAUUUAAGCGUUUAUUUUGUGCGGGUUUGACGAAGAGAACUAACAUUCCACAUUUUCCACAGUUUUUUUUUCAUUUGUUUGAUGGUCUCCCAUACACCAAUGGGAGUGCAAUCGUGGUUUAAACCCGAUUCCAACGAUCACAGUAUUGUGAGAAAUGGCGAGAGAGGAAAAAAAGGCAGGGAAAUGGAAAUAUAUACUAAAGAUUACAGGUACUAGAGCGUACAGCAUGGAACAGCAGCACAAACGGCGACAGGAUAUCGUUUGCUUACAGGGGUUUGGAAAUCAAAUAGAAUGGCAGAAAAGAACUGUGACGGCACAACAUCCAGGGUACACUAGAAAGAUCGUGAUCUUACUUCCAAAUGAUGACUGCAAAGAAGCGUAUGAAUAGGGUAUAGAAAUGAAUGAUAAGCAACACCGAUUGACAAGAUGCUACUUAGGAAUAUUUGAAUUUGAAACAGAAAUAUAACUAACUAAUUUUG